UGCCAAAAAGUAAAUUACCUUAUUAUUAUCAAUUAGAAUUAAAGCGUCAAAAAAAUACUCUCAAUCUAAUCGCCAGUGAAAAUUAUCCUUCCCAAAAAAUUUUAUUUUAUAGCGGUUCAGUAUUAAUGGCUAAGUAUUCCGAAGGUUAUCCCGGCAAACGCUAUUAUCAAGGCUGCCAAUAUAUCGAUAAAAUAGAGGAAUUAGCAAUAAAUAGAGUUAAAAAAAUAUUUGGAGCGGAAUAUGCUAACGUUCAACCGCAUUCCGGAGCACAGGCUAACCAAGCGGUCUAUUUAGCCCUUUUAAAACCGGGCGAUAAAAUAUUAAGUUUGAACCUUUUGUCCGGCGGACAUUUGACCCACGGAGCCAAAGUUAACUUUUCAGGAACUUUCUACCAAGUUCACUAUUAUAAUUUAGACCCCCAUACCCACCAAUUAGACUAUCAACAAAUUAGAAAAAUAGCCCACCAAGUUCAACCAAAAUUAAUUAUUACGGGUUAUAGCAGUUAUAGUUUAAAAAUAGAUUUUGCUGAGUUUGGGAAAAUCGCGCAGGAAGUAGGAGCCUAUUUGUUGGCUGAUAUCGCUCAUGUAGUAGGAUUAGUAGUUGCUAAAUUAUUUCCUAACCCAUUUCCUUAUGCAGAUGUAAUUACUUUCACCACUCACAAAACCUUACGGGGACCACGCGGAGCAGUGAUUUCAGCCCAUAAAAAAUUCGGUGGUUUAAUUGACCGAGCCGUUUUUCCAGGCAACCAAGGUGGACCGGCUCCAAAUAUUAUUGCGGCCAAAGCCGAAUGUUUUCAGGAAGCCACCCAACCCGAAUUCAAAAAAUACCAACAAAAAGUAUUAGAAAACGCCAAAACUAUGGCAGAUUUUUUUUUGGAAAAAGGAGUAAAAGUAAUUAGCGGCGGAACUGAAACUCACUUAUUAACUAUUGAUACUAAAUUAAGUUAUAAUUUAACUGGUAAAGAAGCGGCGGAAAGUUUGGAAAAAGCAGGGAUUAUCUGUAAUAAACAAAUGAUACCUUAUGAUACUGAAAAGCCUUCGGUCGGGAGCGGUAUUCGCUUUGGUUCACCGGCUUUAACUACUCGCGGAUUAGGAAGGAUAAUUCUGUUAAUUGGUUAUUUUUUGCCGGAGGAAAUAAUUUAUUCAACCAUAAAAAGAGAAUUAGAAAAAAGGGUGGAAAAAUCUUGGCAAAAGUUAAAUGCUGCCUUAAAAAAUAUUUCUGAUUCUACCAUAAAUCCCUCCGACCCUGAAAAAUUAAGAUUAGAAAAAGUUAUAAUUGAAUCUCGGAAGCAAAUUGAAAACUAUAAAAAAGAAAUGAAAGAGGGGAGAGGAAUUACCUCAUUGGAAAAUAAGCAUUUGAACGAAUGCAUAGAAUUAAAGAACAAUAAUUUAGAAUUUUUUCGAAAAAAACUCCAACAAGUCGACCAACGAGGAGAAGAGGAAAUGGAAGCAGGUUCUUAUUUUUUUUUGGUUUGGUUAAAAAAUAUCGACAAAAUUACUAGUUCGGAGUUGAAAAAUGAAUUAUUGAAAAUGGUUGACCCGACUAAAAAUACUGACUUGGGGGAAUAUAAAAGGGAAAUUCGAUACGGACAAAAAACUUACCUGAUAAAAAAAAAGAUUAAUUUUUCUAAAUUUAUACUGGUAGCCACUACUUCUACUACUAAUCCAAAAUUGUCUGAUGAGAAGUGUACCCAAGUGGUUGAAGGGGCCAGCUUGGAGAGCUGGUGUAUGCUUAAUAGUAUACCGGAGGAAGUUGAGACUUAUAGUUGGAAAGGAAAAAAAUUUUUAGUGGUUGGUUUUGAAAAAGGUUUCAGUUUCGUUAAUGGUCCAUUUCGGUUUUUGCUAGUCCCGGACGACAAUUCAGAAUUGGUUAAGCAAAUUAAAACUGGAAGUGCUGGUGGCAGAAAAAAAUAUUAUCGCCAAUUUUUAUUAAUAAAGGAUACUGAGGAGAUAAAAAAAGUUGAAGCCGAACCAUUACCUAGUUUAAUUACUUUCAAAGUUAUUAGUCAAAAAAAGACCACCGCUGAAAGAAGUGAAAAUCCGAGUGAUUAUAAUCAUGAAUUAGAAAUUGAACCGCUUUACUUAGGAAUGGAAGGAUUACCGCCUAUUACUCGGCUGAUUUUUGAGUUUUUUGACGACAUUAACCCUUCCUCGACAUCACCCAGACUUUUAAAAAACAGCAAAAUUUACAAUAGCGAUAUUUUGACAAAGAGUGCCGGAAAAAAUUUCACUAUGAAAGUUAAAAAUUGA